AUGGCCGUCCAAAUUCUUUCAGAUUUGCAUCUCGAGUCGCCCAAAGCCUACGACAUCUUUCAAAUUAUCCCUCAAGCUCCCAUUCUAGCCUUGCUUGGCGAUGUUGGAAAUGUCGCGCUCCACAGAGACGACUUCGUCACCUUCUUGACUCAACAGCUCAGUCAAUUCCGAAUCGUGCUUUUCGUGCCCGGGAAUCAUGAGGCCUAUAAGUCCAGCUGGUCUAAGACUAUCAGAAUACUCCGGGAAUUCGAGCAAGAGGCCGAGAUUCAACAUAAAGACAAUCCGUCUCGUGGGCGCCUUUUUUCCCACGUCCCUCCUGAGAACCACGACGACGUUUCUCUUGGACUGAACGACUUCUUCCAAAUCGACGACUGGGAUAUCGGCACGCAUAAUGAAGCCCACCAAAGGGACCUUGCCUGGCUCAACACCCAGGUUGCAGAGCUGGAGCAGCAGGAUUCCGAUCCGACGAUUGUGAUUUUUUCUCACUGGAGCCCUUCAACAGACAGACGUGCGCUAGACCCAAGACAUGCUGCAAGCCCUAUCACGACGGGAUUCGCGACGGACUUGUCCGGGCAGCUGUGUUUUCAGAGUUCCAAGGUCAAAAUCUGGGUCUUUGGUCACACGCAUUUCAACUGUGAUUUUACUUUCGAGCGGGAGGGUGGCGCAGAACCGUUGAGACUUGUUACAAACCAAAGGGGCUACUACUUCUCUCAGGCUGUGGGCUUCGACGAAGGCAAGGUGUUCACCCUCGCCACGGACCAAGACACUCUCCCGCCCUGGCGGCCGGGCCGGGGGUCUGGUGUCUACCUCACCACCAAACAGCCGAUAGUCGUUCCCAAGGCCCACGUACUGUUGGAGGCGUUUUUGCGCAUCUACGCCCGGGACUCUGGGAAGCGCGUAGGCUCAUUCGGUAUGGCCAUGAUAGGUUAUAUAGAGCAGUACGUUGAUGAUGACGGGCUGCUGGAUGUGGACUUGCUUCCAGAGCCGCUGAGGACUCUGUACAAGGAGCUGCAUGAGGGGAACAAUCCUCCUGUUCUCCCAAUACCAAAAAACAACCGCAGCAGAAUCGUGACAAACAACGUCCACAGCAUGACUGUUGCCCAAUUCCGACCAGUCUUCUGGCCGCCGGCACUGCUGCUCGCUCUCAAGCAGCCCGACGAUCCCCGUCGCCAUUCCAUGACGUUCGUGGGUAGGUCGGAUAUGUUGUCGAAUUCGGGCGGCGUGGAGGAGUCUGGACAGCCUUUGAGCGCAUUUGUCGUCUACAGAAAUCUCAGCGAGAUCCAGUAA